CUUUUUCCACACUAUAUAAAUCUCGACAGCCGAGAACACUGUUGGUUUCUUUUGCACACGCUUUUUUGUACCCCUUUGUGUUGACCUGUAUACCAUGCUUUCUUCGCUCCUGAAGCCACAAAACUUGUUAAGAGCCACCAAGGCCCCUCUGCGCCGAAGUUUCACUACCAACUUCCCGGCCCUUCAGCAGGUAGCCGCUGCACAGCAAACUGCUACGGCUGAAAGAGUCAAGAACUUCAUCAAUGGUGAAUUCGUCGAGUCCCAAGCCGAUAAAUGGAUUGAACUUCGUAACCCGGCUACUCAAGAGUUGCUUUGCUUGGUCCCUGAAACCACCAACGAGGAAUUGAAUGAAGCCACCUCGGCGGCUGAAGCGGCGGCCAAAGAAUGGCGUAAAUCUACGGUGCUGCAGCGCCAACGUGUGAUGAUGGAUCUUCAGUAUUUGAUUCGCGAGAACCAAGCCAAGAUUGCGGAAAACAUCGUUCAAGAACAGGGCAAGACCUUUGAAGAUGCCAAGGGCGAUGUGUUCCGUGGCCUGCAGGUCGUCGAACAGGCAUGCAGCUUGCCAAGCUUGCUCAUGGGCGAAAAGUUGACGGUAGCCAAGGACAUGGAGACCUAUGCGUACAGAGAACCCUUGGGUGUGGUCGCUGGUAUUUGUCCAUUCAAUUUCCCGGCCAUGAUUCCUUUGUGGAUGUUCCCAUUGGCUAUUGCCGCCGGUAACUCCAUCGUUAUGAAGCCUUCCGAACGUGACCCCGGUGCCAUGAUGAUGUUGGCCAAGUUAGCCGCCGAAGCAGGUGUUCCCAAGGGUGUGCUCAAUAUCGUCCAUGGUUCAGUCGACUGUGUCAACUACAUCUGUGAUGAACCUCGUAUCAAGGCUAUCUCCUUUGUUGGUUCCGAUCGCGCCGGUCAACAUAUUUACACUCGCGGCAAUGCCAACGGCAAGCGUGUGCAAGCCAACUUGGGUGCCAAGAACCAUGCUGUCAUCAUGCCAGACGCUAACAAGCAAGCUACCUUGAAUGCCAUUGCUGGUGCUGCUUUCGGUGCGGCCGGCCAACGUUGCAUGGCUCUGAGUACCGUCAUUAUGGUGGGUAAGACCAAGGAAUGGUUGCCCGAAUUGGCCGAACGUGCUCGUCAACUCAAGGUCGGCUAUGGUAUGGAUCCUCAAACGGAUGUUGGACCUGUUAUCACGCCUCAAUCCAAGGAACGUAUUGAAUAUCUCGUCCAAAGCGGUGUCGAUGAAGGCGCCGAACUCUUGUUAGAUGGUCGAGGCAUCGUUGUCAAGAAUUACGAAAAGGGCAACUUUGUUGGUCCAACCAUCUUGUCCAAUGUCAAGCCCAAUAUGGAAUGCUAUCGUGAGGAAAUCUUUGGCCCUGUAUUGGUGUGUCUCAACGUCGAGACUUUGGACGAAGCUGUGGAACUGAUCAACAACAACCCAUACGGCAAUGGUACUGCCAUCUUCACUAAUUCGGGACCUAUUGCUCGCAAAUUUGAGCACGACAUUGAUGUAGGACAAGUCGGCAUCAACACUCCUAUUCCUGUUCCCGUACCUCCAUUCUCUUUCACCGGAUCACGUGGCUCGAUCUUGGGUGAUCUCAACUUUUACGGCAAGAGCGGUCUCCACUUUUACACCAAGCCCAAGACCGUCACCUCUCUGUGGAGAGAAGGCGACGCGGAUCACACCCGAUCCUCCGUCUCCAUGCCCACCAUGUAAUCCAAAAAUUUCCCUUUUCAUCUUUUGACUUGCUUACAAUAAAGAAAAAAAAAUAAUGCCGACAUCGUAAAAAUUACUCCAUGGCUUAUUGUCUAUCACUCCCUGCUAGAAGGAGAAAUAACAUUACAUAUUAACAGCAACAGUAACAUCGAGAACAAACAGAUGUAUUUGGCAAUCACUCAUUUUAUUGAUAUAGUCUAC